UGGCGGAGGCUUGGGGGGUGGUAGUUUUGGCACUGGCAGCGGCUACUACCCAUUCAGCAGCGGCGGUUUUAGUACAGGAAGUGGCGAUGGUCUCCUUCUCUCCAACAAUGAAAAGUCAACCAUGCAGCACCUUAACGAUCGCCUGGCUAACUACCUGAGCAAGGUGAAAACCCUAGAAGAAGAAAAUGCUCAGCUUGAGAUUUACAUCAGAGACUGGUACCAGAAGUAUGGAGAACUUGGCCCCAUAAGGGAUUACACUCAAUAUUACCAAGAAAUUGACCAAUGCUACAAUGAGCUUAUUGCUGAAACAGAUGAUUAUAAUAAAAUACUUCUGCAGAUUGAUAACACCAGGAUGACUGCUGAUGAUUUUAAACUGAAGUAUCAAACUGAGAACACUCUCCUCCAGAAUGUGGAGGCUGAUAUCAAUGGGCUGCGCCCUCUGUUGGAUCAACUGACUCUUGCUAAGGCUGAUCUGGAGUCACAGUAUGAGACUCUUAGAGAGGAGCUGAUCACUCUCAGGAAGAACCAUGAUGAGACCAUGAGAGAACUUCAAAGUCAGCGUGGUCGUGGCGAUGUCAAUGUUGAGGUGCAUGCUGCCCCAGGCACGGAUCUGAAGCAACGUUUGGAUCAGCUCAGGGCUGAAUAUGAAGGCAUCAUUGAGCAAAAUCGCAGAGAGGUGGAAAGCUGGUAUGAAAGCAAGAUGGAGGAGGUCCGCCAACAGGUCACUUCAAGUGGUCAGGAGAUAACUUCGAGCAACCAACAAGUUUCUGAACUGAGACGAGAAUUUCAGACCCUGGAGAUUGAGCUUCAGUCUCAGCUCAGCAUGAUCCAGUCUCUACAAAACAACUUGGAAGACACGGAACGGCGGUACAAUCUGCAGCUACAACAGAUACAGGGCAUGAUUGAGCCAGUAGAAUCAGAACUCGCCAGCAUCCGAACUGAGAUCGAGAGUCAGAACCAGGAGUACCAGAUGCUCCUCGGCAUCAAGACCCGUCUGGAACAGGAGAUCGGCCAGUACCGCCAGCUGCUUGAGGAAGGUUCUUCAGUAGGAGUAAGCUAUGGCGGGGGUAGAAGAGGAAGCAUCGGCAGAACCGGAGGAAUCAUAGGCGGUGGAGGCAUCAGUGGAGGAGGCAUCAGUGGAGGAGGCAUCAUCAGUGGAGGAGGCAUCAGCGGAGGAGGCAUCAGUGGAGGAGGCAUCGGCGGAGGCAGUAUGAGUGGAGGAGGCAUCAGCGGAGGAAGUAUAAGUGGAGGAGGCAUCAGUGGAGGAAGCAUAGGUGGUGGAGACCUUGGAGGAGGAAGUAUCGGUGGAGGAAGCAUUGGCGGAGGAGGUAUUGGAGGAGGAGGUAGCAGCGGCGCCCAGAUCGGAGGAGGUGGAAUAAGCUACAGCAGUUCACGUUCACACACCUACACUACCAAAGGAGGAAUAGGAAGGCAACCCUCUGAUUAGCCAGCUACCAUCCCUUGACACUCCAAACCCAAAGGAUUUCGCUGAUAGGACAGAAGAGGAGCAUGCCUACCAAUAUUUUCUGCAUGGAUCCACAAAACAGAUUGCUUCAUCUAGACAUCCAACUCCAUCUUAGCCAUCUGUCCAUAAGGGUCCCUUGCAAC